GAUGGUCUCAAACUCCUGAGAUCAAGCCAUCCCUCCACCUUGGCCUCCCGAAGUGCUGGGAUUACAGGCAUGAGUUAUUGAGCCCAGCCUAAAUGUCUAUUGUUGAAGCCUCCCAGUUUGUGUUUGUUUGUUAUAGCAGCCUGAGGAAAUGAUGCUGCCUGCCUGGAUUUUUUCUGUCACGUCCUGGCUACUAUGUCCCGCCCUCUCUCUCGUGGCUGGGAUACUGCUGUGACUUUGUGCUAGACCUGAGCACAGGCUGCUCGUCCAGCUUACCACCCAUCUUCUGAUGAUGGGCCGACCCCAGUGCCGGCAGCUGGAUCUGCCUCCGGACUCUAGGUCAUGGCUUCUCCCAGCCAGGUGCAUGUUGUAAUCUACACUGUCCCCAGCCUAGAGGCCACUGGAUGCGCCCCUCACCCAAAGCCACAGAUACUCUCUAGUCUUCCUGGGAGUCCUGAAAAGUGUCCCAGAAGAGAGCUCCCUGCCACACCAGGACCCGCCAUGGGCUAGCUACCUACCCUUCUUCUUGUGAGGACACUUGGCUUAUUUAUUCUCCAUUUUCUUCUCUGUCAUGUCCACCUAUUUGUUUUUGUUCAGCUGAGGCCAUAGUUACCUCUUCCUUUGUGUAGCUGCUUGUUACACAUUCAAAAGGUAGAUAAUGUUCCUUUUCAACCUGCUCCAAGCUAAACAGCAGCUUGUUGCUCAGGAUCUCAGGUGUGGUGUGUUGUCUAGAAGAGCCUCUGAACAUUGUCUGGUUAGCCAGUUUCCUUCUUCAAAUACAACACUUGGAUGAAAUAGUCCAGCUGUGACCCACAUGCACAGGAUACAGGGGGCGGCCCUUGCCUUUGUCACAGCUGUUGUCAUAGCCCACUCUGCACUCUGUGUUCAUCCAACAGAAUUUUCUGGAACAUCAGUGACCCACACAGUGUCCCAGGCAUGCUGCGUGGCCCUGGAGGGAGGCUUCUGUGGCAUCUGUGUGGGCACUGUGGCUGGGCUGCGUAGGGAAGAGUACCCUCUAGGCAGAGACCACUGUUGCAGAGGAGUGAGCCCGGGAGUGUAGCGCCCACAGGUGGCUGAGCACAGCCGUUGGCGCUGCUGCAGGAGAGGGACCUGCAAGCUCACACCUGUCUCAUUUUGUUUUCUGUGUCUGGUUUAACUACUUUGAGAUGCUCCUCCAGUCCUAGAAACUGCACUGAUCACACUGCCUUGGGCCUCUCCCCAGAGGAAACCACCUAUGCUUACUAGUCUAACAAUCUUAGCAGUUUGGAAAUUCAAAAUUUAAAAAUGGUGUUGAACUAUGCACUCGAAAAAGCAAAACAAAGCAAAACCCCAAGGCUAACCAGAAACAUCUCCUUCCAUCCCCAUGGCUCCCUCUGCCGAAGCGCUGGGCCUCCUAGCACAAGCACAUGCUGCCUUGGUGCAGUACAGCCAGUGCAUGGGCUGGGGACAGCUGGGUUCCUGAGAAGGGAAGGACGAUCCCUAGGUGCUGGAAGUCCAGGCCCGCUCAAGGUGGUGUUCCUGGUCCUUGCCUCCUUGUGUGCCUGGUAUUCGGGAUACUUACUCGCAGAGCUCAUUCCAGAUGCACCCCUGUCCAGUGCUGCCUAUAGCAUCCACAGCAUCGGGGAGAGGCCUGUCCUCAAAGCCCCAGUCCCCAAAAGGCAAAAAUGUGACCACUGGACUCCCUGCCCAUCUGACACCUAUGCCUACAGGUUACUCAGUGGAGGUGGCAUAAACAAGUACGCCAAAAUCUGCUUUGAGGAUGACCUGCUCAUGGGAGAAAAGCUGGGAAAUGUUGCCAGAGGAAUAAACAUUGCCAUUGUCAACUAUGUAACUGGGAAUGUGACAGCAACACAACGUUUUGAUAUGUAUGAAGGCGAUAACUCUGGACCGAUGAUAAAGUUUAUUCAGAGUGCUCCUCCAAAAUCCCUGCUCUUCAUGGUGACCUAUGACGACGGAAGCACAAGACUGAAUAAUGAUGCAAAGAAUGCCAUAGAAGAACUUGGAAGUAAAGAAAUCAGGAACAUGAAAUUCAGGUCUAGCUGGGUAUUUCUUGCAGCAAAAGGCUUUGAACUCCCUUCUGAAAUUCAGAGAGAAAAAAUCAACCACUCUGAUACUAAGAACAACAGAUAUUCUGGCUGGCCUGCAGAGAUCCAGAUAGAAGGCUGCAUACCCAAAGAACCAAGCUGACACUGCAGAGUCCUUAAUAAAUGUGUUCUGUAUAAACAAAUGCAGCUGGAAUCGCUCAACAAUCUUAUUUUUCUAAAUCCAACAGUCCAUAGUUGAUGAGUAUUUUGGGUUUGUUGUAAACCAAUGAACAUUUGCUAGUUGUAUCAAAUCUUGGUACACAGUAUUUUUAUACCAGUAUUUUAUAUAGUGAAGAUGUCAGCAGGAAACUAAAACGAAUGGAAAUUCUUAAAGGUAAUGAUGUGAUUCAAGCUGGAAAGAGGGUUGGGUGAAACAACUUGUCCAGGUGGAGCUAUGUUAUGAUCAGAUCUAAGUGUGACCCCUGUGUGGUCCAGACAGCUCUGCAGAGAGAAAACCUUUAUUCCAUUAUCACCAAGCACCUCCUAGUUUCUGACAGUCGUCUCCUUCUGCCGGGAGAAUUAGCAGCAGUUCUGAGGGCUUAGGUAACCUCCUUGUUCAACUCAAGUUGAGCUCUUGCGGUCUUCCUGUGGGCCUGUGAAUGUAUUCAUUCAUUCCACAACUCUGGGUACCUCCCAGCUCUGGUACCAGCGGCACAGUACACAGUCCCUGCCUUCAUGCCAGGCUGUUGAGCUCUCAGGAGGGCAACCGAACACCUCACUCUCUAGAAGAUGCAGCAGUACAUCCAAGAGUCCAGGAUGUUCCACACUUGCUGAAACGGUGGGUCAGAUGAUGUGUGUGAUUCGGGGCUAAGAAAAUAGAGUCACUGGGGCUAGCAGUCGGUGCCAGGUGUCCAUUCUCACCUCUUUCCUGGGCCUGGCCCCAGAAGAGCUAGGAGACUUUGGUGCCAGGUUAAUACUGCUUCUCUGAGCCUCUAUAUCUCAUCUGUAAAAUAAAAGAGUUGGGAUAGA